UGUACAGCGUGCACAUGUCAUUGCGACAACCAUCUGCGCCGUACCUAUACUCGGGCCCGCUGAUCACAUGGACGCGGCCAAGCUGGAGGCCAAAUGGCCGCCCGACAGGAAAUCCGCAAUCGAAGCAUCCGAGUUUGGUAUUUACAAGGAGCCGUCCGACGGGAAACGUCUGAGCGGCACAGACAGGGCCACCGGAUGUCUCCUGGUACUAUCGCUGAUCGCCGCUGCCGCAGUAGUGCUGUACUUUUCGUUCUAUGAUUAUACAAUUCCAACAACUCAAGGUGCAUCUACUGGACCAAUAGUGAGUUACGCUAAAUAUGUAAAAGAAAAAAAUACGAUGACUUCUCAAACAGCUAACCGUUCAACAGACGGGCUUUUAGCUGCAGUUCUCGGUAUACAAAAUGCCGAGAAAUACACGACAUGUGCCCCGGCGGACGACGUAGUUAUUGCCAAAAGAAUCGAUGACGGUAAAUUAGAAAACGGUAGGCAAAUGCGAUUUUAUCCACAGCUGCCGCCACAACGGCCCACUUAUUUAUCUUACGACUCAAAUUAUUGGAGAACUAAUUCCAAUAAAAACAAUAAGCUCGAAUAUUCCGAUGGUAUAUACGGGUUCAAUCGGAGAUCGGAUUUUCCACAGUUGGCAGCUUAUCGGGCACCAUUUCCACCAAAAAGCAUCCUGGACGUAAUGAAGUACGUGACAGGCUCCCCUCAUAAGGCAAACAUUCCUGAGUACAUGAUAGCGCAAGAAUCCAACCCUCAGUUCUAUCCUAUCAGACCGGCAGAAGAAGUCAACAGAUUCCUACCAGAUGUAAAUACGCCAAGUACCAAUUCGAGGAGAUUCCGCAACAAAUUUGGUCCACCGGUAUACUUGACACCACCUAUCAUGUCGUUACCGGAUGACUUUAUGAAGCCACCUAACCCCGAUGCCCGUUAUUCGAUGGAUUUUGAGAGUGACGUUCCUUUAGACCUUACACUAGAAGAAGGAUCAGCUAGUGUACCGUCACAUACUGGUGUAAUAUUCCGUCCACCAUCUUUUAACAAUGGUUACCCUAUAGCAGAUUCUCCAAAACCAAAAAAAGUUAAAAAUAAAAGAAAAAAAAAGCCAAUAAGUGUAAUGUUAGACAUCUAUCCAUUAUCAGAUGGUGAACACGAAAACGAACAAGUUGACGAAGAUGAAGAAGAACAUAAUUCUGAGAUUAUUACUUCGUUAAAAAACAAUAUCCAACACUCAGAUUCAGAUAAAUUAUUAUUUCGAUUGAACCUAUUUCCAAAAUUCAGUGAAGGUGGUCGUAGAAUUUCUAAAAAUGUGAAAUACGAAGAACAAGACGAUCAUAAACCAAUUAUUCAUUUGACAACGCAUAAGCCAUUACAAGACAAAGAAGAAAACGACGAAAAAGAAAAACUAUUUGAAUAUUCGUCGGAAUCAAAAAAUAUAGCAAAUAUAUCAAAAACACAAUAACACUGAACUCAAGACUUAAACCAUAUUAAAUAAGUUAUAUUUAAUUAAUACAAAUGUUAA